AUGCGGGGCGGGCGGUGCUGGCUGCUGCUGGCGGCGCUGGGCUGGCUGCUGCCGGCGGGGGCCGCGGCCAGCGGCGAGUACUGCCACGGCUGGCUGGACGGGCAGGGCGGCUGGCGGGACGGCUUCCAGUGCCCCGAGCGCUUCGACGGCGGCGACGCCACCAUCUGCUGCGGCAGCUGCGCCCUCCGCUACUGCUGCUCCAGCGCCGAGGCGCGCCUCGACCAGGGCGCCUGCGACAACGACCGGCGGCAGGGCGGCGGCGAGCCGGGCCGCCCCGGCAAGGACGGCCCCGACGGCGCGGCAGUGCCCAUCUACGUGCCGUUCCUUAUUGUUGGAUCUGUAUUUGUGGCUUUCAUCAUCUUGGGGUCGCUGGUGGCAGCUUGCUGCUGCAGAUGCCUGCGGCCCAAGCAGGAGCCCCAGCAGAGCCGAGCCCCUGGGGGCACCCGCCUGAUGGAGACUAUCCCCAUGAUCCCAAGUGCCAGCACCUCCCGGGGCUCCUCCUCCCGCCAGUCAAGCACCGCUGCCAGCUCCAGCUCCAGCGCCAACUCGGGGGCCAGAGCCCCCCCGACCAGGUCCCAGACCAACUGCUGUUUGCCAGAAGGGACCAUGAAUAACGUCUACGUCAACAUGCCGACCAACUUCUCGGUGCUGAACUGCCAGCAGGCCACCCAGAUCGUGCCGCACCAGGGGCAGUACCUGCACCCCCAGUACGUGGGCUACGCUGUGCAGCACGACUCGAUGCCCCUGACCCCGGUGCCCCCCUUCCUCGACGGUUUGCAGAGCGGCUUCAGGCAGAUCCAGUCUCCCUACCCGCACACCAACAGCGAACAAAAGAUGUACCCAGCUGUGACUGUGUAGUGCUGACGCCUUCCUCCCCCUCCCCGCUCGGCAGAUUUUUAAUAUCUAAACUGAACGGAGGAGAAAUACUUCCUCGGAAGAAAGCUCCCAGAACAUCACUUGUAAAUAAUUUUGAAAGGCUCAUGCAUGUCAGACAGUGUUUAUAAACCAUUUAUUUUCAUCGGGGUCUGUUGCCAGAAACUGUAGGAUGAUAUCUCUGAAUUAACGUUGCCAGAUACGCUGUCAUUCCAGUGCAUGAUUUACAGCGGCGAAGGAUUACGCUGAAAAUGCAUAUGCAUUUCAGAUCGCUGUACUUGUGAGAUAAAUGCCAGAGCCAUUAAGUGCCCUUCAGGUAUGACAUGAUCAGAAGUAUUUGCCUAAUUAAUUCGUAGAAAGAGUUUUGUUACACUGUACAAGGCCCAGUACUUAAGAAACCUCUUUU